UUUUGCUUAUUUGAUGAGUGCUCUCUCCUAUUGCAUAAGCUAUGCACAAAGAUCAACUCCUUUUUCUUCUUCUUCUUCUUCUACUAAUUCUACCUCGGUCUUUUAGUAUUGCCGUUGAAAAUAAUCGGUGCACCACCUUUUGUGGCGAGGUCGCCAACAUAAGCUACCCAUUUCGGCUGAGAGGCGACCCGAAUGUCUGCGGCGACCCUAACUAUGAGCUAGCCUGCAUAAAUAACCGCACUGUUCUCGAUUUGUACUCGGGCAAUUACUAUGUACGGUAUAUCGACUAUACCAACUACACGAUUAGGGUUGCUGAUGUCGGGCUGCAAAAGGGCAAUCGCUCGUCUCUCCCUCUCCGCUCUUUGUCGUGUGGCUACUUCAGCUACAAACCGGAUCGGUAUAGAUGUGGGGGAUACACGUUCAAUAGUCGAGAGUUAUCCAAGACUGUUUCGAUUGUGAAUUGUACGAAGGCCGUUGGCUCUCGGUUUUACAUUGACGCUUCGUCAUGCCUUGAUGGGGUCGAAUUUUCAAUUUUUUCUUGUACAAGAAGUCGAUUAUAUAUCAUGGUCGAUGCAAAUGUGUCGAAUGUGAAAACUGCAUGCACUAUAGAACUUAUGGCAAUGAUACCAUGGUGGGCUGAUGGCGACAAUCUUCGUUCCUAUGCGCAAAUUCAUGAUCUGAUGGUUUAUGGGUUUGAGCUUUCAUGGCAUCCAAUCGCCUGUAAGAUUUAUUGCAAAGAUUAUAAUGUGUGCGACAUUAACGACAAGCACCAAAUUCAGUGCAGAAACAAGAAAGAUGAAGGUGGCUUCGAUUUCCUCACCGAUAUCGGCCAAUCUAUUGAAGUGAUCAUGCGAAGAGGCAUCGGUAACAUUAAUACAAUCUUCUCAUUGUGA